CCUUCCUGCGGCUGCGCACUGACGCGUCCCGCGUUGCGCCGGCCCAAGAUGGCGUCGUCCGCGUCCUUCCGCGGGCUCGGGCUGCGGAUACUGGCCUACAGCCAGGAGCUUCCUUGCGCCUGGCGCGCCCUGCACACCUCCGCGGUCUGCGCCAAGAACCGGGCGGCGCGAGUCCGCGUGGCCAAGGGGGACAAGCCGGUGACUUACGAGGAGGCGCACGCCCCGCACUACAUCGCACACCGAAAGGGCUGGUUGUCGCUGCACACAGGUAACCUGGAUGGAGAAGAUCAUGCUGCAGAGAGAACCCUGGAGGAUGUUUUCCUUCGAAAGUUUAUGAUGGGUACCUUUCCAGGCUGCCUGGCUGACCAGAUUGUACUGAAGCGCCGGGCCAACCAAGUGGACAUCUGUGCCCUGGUCCUCAGGCAGCUGCCAGCACACAAAUUCUACUUUCUCGUGGGCUACAGUGAGACUCUGUUGUCACACUUUUACAAGUGUCCUGUGCGACUCCACCUUCAAACUGUGCCCUCCAAGGUUGUGUACAAGUACAUAUAAAGGCGCUUUCUUUCGUCAAGCUGUUAACCUGCAAAGGCCGACCCUCUGAAGCGAAGUCGGUCAAAUAAAUGCCUGCUCUCAGACGGUGGAGGCAUCUACUCCAAACUGCUGUUGAAUAAAACCCUGAUAAUGUUUUGUCCCUC